GUACCCAAACUAUAAAUUCGAUUACUCUAUCACUACUUUCACAAAUAUUCGUCACAGAUAUUUUGCUCGAAGAGCUUGGACUUUAACUUAUGCAAAAUAAGGCAACCACGGGAACCAUGGCCUGCCACGUGGUGGCAAUGCCCUAUCCAGGUAGAAGCCAUAUCAACGCCGUGAUGAACUUGUGCAAGCAGCUGUCCUCUCGGGUCAAAUACGACAUCCUCAUCACCUUCGUCGUAACGGAGGAGUGGUUCGGGUUGAUCGGGUCGGAUCCGAAGCCCGAUAACAUCCGAUUUGCCACCAUACCCAAUGUCGUGCCCUCCGAGCAUGUACGCGCAGAAGACUUGAGUGGCUUUUUUGAAGCGGUGUCGGCCAAGUUGGAAGCUCCCUUUGAGGAGCUGCUUGAUGGCCUUCAUGGACCUCCGGUGAAGGCUAUCAUAGCUGAUAGCAUAAUGGCUUGGCCCAUCCAUGUUGGGAACAAGAGGAAUAUUCCGGUAGCUUCGUUCUGGCCACUCUCCGCUUCUAUGUUUUCGGUGUUCUAUCACUUUGAUCUUCUCAAACAAAACGGCCAUUACCCAAUUCAAACCCCAGAUACAGAGCGAGACGACACAAUUGUAGACUAUAUACCAGGCAUUUCUACAACUCGUCUCGCAGAUAUAUCAGACCGACUUUUUCACAGUAACAAUGAAAAAAUGAGGGAAUUAAUAACAGAGGCUGUUUCCAAGGUAACCAAAGUACAAUACCUUCUAUCUACUUCGGUGUAUGAGCUUGAAUCACAAGUCUUUGAUGUUUUGGUGCCCAAAUUCUCUUUCCCCAUCUACCCUAUCGGACCUAUCAGUAUUAAUAACCAGUUUCAACUUGAAAAUCCUUCUAAUGACAAUACUAAUAAUAUAAGAAGUGAAACUGUCCCAGAGUACAUACAGUGGCUAGAUUCUCAACCUAAAGUAUCUGUAUUGUACAUCUCGUUUGGGAGUUUUCUUUCAGUGUCAGAUACCCAAUUGGAUGAAAUUGUAGCUGGGAUAGGAACUAGUGGCGUAAGACACAUGUGGGUGGCACGUGAGAAUGUGACAAAGAUUAAAGAUGGUUGUGGUGAUGUGGGGUUUGUGGUGCCUUGGUGUGAACAAUUGAGGGUGUUGUGUCAUCCUUCUAUUGGUGGAUUUUGGACUCAUUGUGGGUGGAAUUCUACUUUGGAAGCUAUUUAUGCUGGGGUUCCAAUGUUGACUUUUCCUAUAACUGCAGACCAACAUUCUAAUAGUAAGCAAAUUGUUGAGGAAUGGAAGAUUGGAUGUAAGGUUAAUGAUAAGAAAAAGAUAGUAUGUGCAGGGAGUGAAGAAAUAAGUUUAGUAAGAAGAGAUGAGAUUUCGGAACUUGCCAAGGAAUUCAUGGAUCCAGAAAGCAAUGACACAAAACUGAUGAGAAACAGAGUCAAAGAACUUCAAAAAUCAUGUCAACUAGCAAACUCCAAAGGGGGUUCAUCCCACAAAAAUCUUGAUGCUUUUAUUGAGAACAUUUCACCAAGCAAUUCAGAGACAUAAGUUAGUAGUACGUUGUUCUGAGAUAAAGCUAUGAGUUAUGUUGACAAAUUUGUAAUCGUCAUUGUUUGCAUUUUCACAUUUCUUUAGUUUUUUUAUAUCAAGAAGGAAACAACUUAUUUUGGAUUUGCCAUUAUAUGCAGAUCACCAUCAUGCUCUGUAAGUACAAUUCAUUAUAUUUUAUUACUCUU